AUGCCUUACCUCCGCCUGGCCCCGGGGCCUCAGGAGCACCCCACGCCCAGGGAUGCCCGCGGCACCCACUCCUCCGGCCAGAGCUUCGAGCAGCUGCGGCGGGAGUGCCUGCAGAAGGGGGUCCUGUUCGAGGACCCCGACUUCCCCGCCACCAACUCCUCUCUUUUCUACAGUGAGAGGCCCCAGAUCCCCUUUGUGUGGAAGCGGCCAGGGGAGAUCGUGGAGAACCCAGAAUUCAUCCUCGGAGGGGCCACCAGGACGGACAUCUGCCAGGGCGAUCUCGGCGACUGCUGGCUGCUGGCGGCCAUCGCCUCCCUCACGCUCAACGAGAAAGCGCUGGCGAGGGUGGUGCCCCCGGACCAGAGCUUCGGGCCCGGGUACGCCGGGAUAUUCCACUUCCAGUUCUGGCAGCACAGCGAGUGGCUGGACGUGGUGGUCGAUGACCGGCUGCCCACCUUCCGGGACCGGCUGAUCUUCCUGCACUCGGCCGACCACAACGAGUUCUGGAGCGCCCUGCUGGAGAAGGCCUACGCCAAGCUGAACGGGAGCUACGAGGCGCUGAAGGGGGGCAGCGCCAUCGAGGCCAUGGAGGACUUCACGGGGGGCGUGGCCGAGACCUUCGCCACCAAGGAGGCCCCCGAGAACUUCCACGAGAUCCUGGAGAAGGCGCUGCGGAGGGGCUCCCUGGUGGGCUGCUCCAUCGACAUAAAAAAUUCUGCGGAAUCGGAAGCCCGGACGCCCUUUGGUCUUAUUAAGGGUCACGCCUACACCGUGACGGGAAUUGACCAGGUCCGCCUCCGAGGCCGGAACACGGACCUCAUCAGGGUCCGCAACCCGUGGGGGCAGGUGGAGUGGAACGGCGCCUGGAGCGACAGUUCCUCCGAGUGGCGCGCCGUGGGCCCCGCCGAGCAGCAGCGCCUGAACCACGCGGCCCUGGACGAUGGAGAGUUCUGGAUGGCGCUCAGCGACUUCAAGGCCCACUUCGACAAAGUGGAGAUCUGCAACCUCACGCCCGACGCCCUGGAGGAGGACCUGCCCCACAAGUGGGAGGUGACGGUGCACCAGGGCAGCUGGGUGCGGGGCUCCACGGCCGGCGGCUGCCGCAACUUCCUGGACACCUUCUGGACCAACCCGCAGAUCAGGCUGUCCCUGACGGAGCGGGACGACGGGCAGGGGGCGUGCACGCUGCUCGUGGCCCUGAUGCAGAAAGACCGCCGGAAGCUCAAGCGCUUUGGCGCCAACGUGCUGACCAUCGGCUACGCCAUUUACCAGAGCCCCGGGAAGGAGGGCCGCUUGGACAAGGACUUCUUCCGCUACCACGCCUCCCAGGCCCGGAGCAAGGCCUUCGUCAACCUGAGGGAAGUCUCCGACCGGUUCCAGCUGCCCCCCGGGGAGUACAUCCUCAUCCCCAGCACCUUCGAGCCGCACCAGGAGGCCGACUUCUGCCUGAGGAUCUUUUCAGACAAGAAAACCCUCAGCCGGGACCUGGAUGGACACGUGGACAUCGACCUUCCCGAGCCCCGGAAGCCGGCGCCGCGGGACCAGGAGACGGAGGAGGAGCAGCAGUUCAGGGCCCUGUUUGAGCGCGUCGCCGGGGAGGACAUGGAGGUGACCGCAGAGGAGCUGGAGCAUGUUUUAAAUGCUGUGCUGAGCCAGAAAAAGGGCAUCCGAUUCGAGAAGCUGAGCCUGAUUUCCUGUAAGAACAUCGUUUCUCUAAUGGACACCAGCGGCAACGGGAAGCUGGAGUUCGAGGAGUUCAAAGUGUUCUGGGAGAAACUGAAGGCGUGGAUGAACCUUUUCCUUCGGUUCGAUGCUGACAAGUCCGGCACCAUGUCCUCCUACGAGCUGCGGACCGCGCUGAGAGCCGCAGGCUUCCAGCUGAGCAGCCGCCUCCUGCAGCUGGUGGUGCUGCGGUACGCGGACCCGGACCUGCAGCUGGGCUUCGACGACUUCCUCAGCUGCCUGGUGCGGCUGGAGAACGCCAGCCGCGUGUUCCAGGCUCUCAGCACGAAGAACAAGGAGUUCCUUCAUCUCAACAUAAACGAGUUCAUCACCCUGACAAUGAACAUCUGA